AUGUCAACAAGUUCAACUAACUCUGGAUGGGUUCUUUAUCAUUAUACUCCGAGCAAAGGAGGGGCUAUAGCUGUCACAGUACUCUUUAUUGUUCUGACGAUAUUUUAUACUAUUCAAUUUAUCUGGGAUGCAAAGCAAUCUUCGAAAGAAAUUUAUGACGAUCCUUUUAAAAGUGAGGAAAAAGAUUAUUCUACAUCCGAGAUUUCUCCAAGCAAGGAUUAUAAAGAGCUUAAGAUUUCUUCAACGACUUUGGUUUUCAUUCCUUUCUUGAUCGGGUGCAUCAUGGAAAUAAUUGGAUACAUUGGAAGGGCUCUUUCUAGCUCUAACCCACAGGCAACUGGCCCAUACAUUAUUCAGUCCAUCCUCUUACUCAUUGCACCAGCAUUAUACGCUGCUACAAUAUACAUGAUAUUCGGGCGCAUGCUACAGGUCUUGAGAUGCCAAUCACUUAUGAUUAUUUCAUCUCGCUUCGGUACCAGUUUUUUUGUGUUUGGGGAUGUUGUAAGCUUUUUCAUGCAAGCAGCGGGUGGAGGUUUAAUGAGCCAAGAUGGCUCGAGAAAAACCGGUUCAAAUGUUAUAACUGGUGGUCUCGUCGUUCAAGUUGUUUUCUUUGCGUUUUUUAUCAUUAAUGAACUAAGAUUUGCGUGGAGGGUAAGAAGCGUUUGUCCAUUCUAUCAAUAUAUUUCUAAGAGGUGGCAGUUCCUGAACUUCACUUUACUAAUUUCCAGUGUUCUGAUAAUGGUUCGGUCUAUCGUAAGAUUGGUAGAAUUUGCUCAAGGUUCAGAUGGAUUCAUUAUCUCGCAUGAAUAUUUCAUAUACGUAUUCGACGCUAUUCCAAUAUUACUAGUGGUUAUUACCUUCAUUGUGGGCUCGUACUUUGGAAGUAUUUUCCAGACAAUCAGAGAAUGCCAAACGCUAAAAUAG